UUUUAGAAGCUCAGCGUGGAUUUUGGGCUAGUGUGGAAUUGGAGGUGAUUCCUUGUGAACGCUCUUUGAGGGUUUGUCACCUCUUACGUAUGUGGGUUUCUUUUUACAGCUGAUCUAGCAGCUGGGUGUCGCUUUUCUUCUUCUGGGGUUGAGAGGUCGCGCUGCUGUGAUUGUAGCUAAGGAGUCAGCUCUUUGGGAUGUGGAUUUCUUCGUUGUGUGCUUGGGGCUUCAAUCGCCCGCGCGCGAUCGAGUGGAUAGAGAGAUUGCACUGAUUUCAGGGUCGAGCGGCUGAAUUCGUGACCCCGAGGUUGGGAGUCAUUGUUCUGCGGUCAAGCUUUGAAGGAAGGAAGGGCGCAAUGGGCGCCAUGGCGUCCCCCCGCGGCGGCAGUGAUGGUCCAUUACCACUUCAAAUGUCGAAUCCCUCGCAGCAAGCCUACAUUUCUGAGCUUCUUUCGUUCAACUUGGAGCGGCUUCACAAGGAGCCAGAGCUUUUGAGAGUAGAUGGGGAACGAAUUCGACGACAGAUGCAAGAAGUUGCAGUCGGGCAUUAUAGAGCUUUUAUCGCCGCUGCUGAUGCGGUCCAGAAUAUAACGCAUGAAAUCACAGCCGUGGACGAGCAUUUGAAGACUUUAAUUGCAGAAAUUCCGAAUCUCGUCACCGGCUGCAAUGACUUCAUGGACGAUGCACAGCAGAUUUUAGAGAAACGACAGUUGAAUCGAACUCUGCUCGCUAAUCAUAGUUCGCUUCUGGAUUUGCUGGAGAUACCGCAGCUUAUGGACACAUGUGUGCGAAAUGGGAAUUAUGACGAAGCUCUUGAUCUGGAAGCUUUUGUCACAAAGUUGGCAACAAUGCAUUCAAGGCUUCCCGUGAUUCAAUCGUUAGAGGCAGAUGUGAAGCAAACAACCCAGGCAUUGCUUGCUCAGCUCUUGCAACGACUAAAGUCAAAUAUCCCGUUGCCAGAGUGUUUGAGAGUGAUUGGUUAUUUGCGGCGAUUGGCCGUGUUUAAUGAGCAUGAAAUUCGCCUCCAGUUUCUUAGGUGCAGAGAAGCAUGGUUGGUGGGUAUAAUCGAUGACCUUGACCGAAGUAAUCCAUACGAGUAUUUGAAGAGAAUGGCGGACUGCCAUCGCGUGCACUUGUUUGAUGUAGUCAUGCAGUACCGCGCUAUAUUUUCUGACGAUACCUCUGGUCAUGAGGAAAAUACUGAUGGAGGGCUUCUAUACAGCUGGGCCAUGCAUCGUAUAUCGUCACAUCUCAACGUGCUUCGUGAAGUAUUACCUCAAAUUACCGAAGGUCCGAAUUUGGCCAUCAUAUUGGAUCAGUGCAUGUAUUGUGGAAUGAGCCUUGGACGCGUUGGACUGGACUUCAGAGGCCUACUUCCUCCUCUUUUCGAGAGCUCAGUGCACGACUUAUUUGUGCGCAAUAUGUCUGUUACAGUUGACAAUUUCCAGCAUGUCCUCGAUUCUCAUCGUUGGGUACCCCUCCCACCUGUGACGCUUGGAAGAGGAACUAGCAGUCUCGACCACGCUUCGGAUGACGUGGCUCCUCCUUACUCAUUAAUGGAGCAUCCUCCACUGGCUGCUUUAGUCAAUGGGGUGUUAGCUGCGCUGAAUGAAUUGAGACAUUGUGCUCCUAUCAACUUGAAGGCCACUUUAGCCUUCGAGCUUCAAUGUGCUCUACAGAGUGUGGCUAACUCUCUCCUUCGUUACAAUUCAACACGUAUUGUGAAGGACAAUGAGAAGUCUCUAUUUUUGGCCAUGUGCCGAGCUUUUAUAGAGGUGGUUUGCCCAUAUUGUGCUCUCUGCUUUGGUAAGUGCUACUCAGGGGGCUCUACACUCAUACAAACUAGCGAAAUUUUGGAAGGUGUACGAAAGCUAGUGUCCACACAAACUUCUUACUCAAAGGAUAUCAGGAAUGGAAAUCGAACAAGUUCAUUGGAUCACAUUGUUUUGCGACAUAAACCAACACCUUUAGGGGUGACGAGCGACGUUGCCAAAGAAAGUGGUGAAGAUACAAAUGGUAAUGGUAAUGGUACUGAAAAUGGAGGCCAAGGUACUUUAUUGGAAGAUAGUGUCCAAGAUCAUUCUGCAGGCGUUGAUGAGCCACAAGAGCCAGAGAUAUCUGAUCCAAAUUUGAGCACUGGUAAUCAAGUACCAGAAUCAUCCUAGCAUGUCAAUCUUUCUCAAUAUUCUUAUUAGUUGUAACCAUCGAGCCUAUGUGUAUCAUGGAUCAUUCAUGUACCUUCCUCAACAUUCUUGCUGGGGGAUAUUUAGUAUUUGUAAUAAAUUUCUUUUUUAAUUCUUA